AUGUUUAGCAAUGUUCGUGAUAUGUUGUGGCAGAAAUUAAUUGUUUGGAAUUCAAAAUUGUUGUUAGCAGCAGGUAAAGAGGUAUUAAUCAAAGCAGUGGGGCAAGCGCUACCUACUUAUACAAUGGGUGUUUUCAUACUACCACAAAAUUUGUGUCAUGAGUUGUCUGCUAUGAUUGCACAUUACUGGUGGGGGAGGGCAGGAGGCCGAGGAAUACAUUGUUUGGGGUGGUGGAAAUUAUGCAAACCGAAAUGUUUGGGAGGAAUUGGAUUCAUAAACUUUGAAGCCUACAAGAAGGCUAUGGUGGCGAAACAGGCGUGGCGAAUUCUAGAAGACACUGGCUCCCUAAUGGGGAGAUUGUUAAAGGCUCGUUAUUUUCCAAAUGGAGAUUUUAUGCAGGCAACUACUAGGCCUUCACCCUCUAUGACAUGGAAGGCUAAUCUUUGGGGUCGAGAAGUUGUUGAAGAAGGUCUUGUGUGGCAUGUUGGGAGUGGGCGUUCCAUAAGGAUUUUCCAAGAUCGGUGGAUUCCUGAGUCUUAUACUUUCAAGCCGUUACAAAAUGGAGGGUUGGAGUCGACCACUCUAGUUUCUGACAUCAUUACUCCUUCUAGAGGCUGGAAUCAAGCUUGA